AUGUAUCUGGAUACAAACAAAAAAGAAGUUAAUGUAAAAAUUAUUUUGGAGAUUCAUUUGAAGAAAAUGACAAUAAAUAUACCUAUAAAUAUAACUCCUUCAACAUUAGUGUCUACUAUAACAUCAUUAACUACUUCAGCUCCAAUAUCUACUUCGGCUCCAAUAUCUACUUUGGCUUCAAUAUCAGCAUCAAGAUUAAAAUCUUAUAUUAAUGUUGAUUAUAUUUCAAACACAGAACAAUGGUCUCUUGAAUUAGCUUUUGCAUGA